AUGUCGGUAGCUUCUUCUAGCUCCGUUCUCCAGCUCCGGAACAACCAUCAAUUGUUACCGGUCCGAUCUCUGAAAAAUUCCCCCGCCGUCGCCUCUCAAUUGGCCGUCUACGGCCGCCGGAGAGCAUUUAACGCGCGGUGUUCCGUUAAGAAACCGGCGGCUCCCGAGAGUCCGUUCAUGGGGACUCGGUUGCGGAGAUCCGGAUCCGAGACGCUCCAGUUCUGGAGAUCGGACGGUCCUGGUAGGUCUCCGAAGCUCAAAACGGUGGUUAGAUCGUCGUUUUCCGCUGUUCCGGAGAAGCCUCUCGGUCUCUACGAUCCUUCCUUCGAUAAAGACUCUUGUGGAGUCGGUUUCGUCGCAGAGUUGUCCGGCGAGGCCAGCCGCAAAACG